CGUUAAUUCGUUCCUCGCUGUUUCGUCUACCCAACACACCCACCCCCAUCCCCUCAGACUUAACCCAUCAUCUUCAUUCCUCUCCAUCUCAGUAAGGUAUACUCUCUCUCACAGUACCACCAGCUGAUCCCUUUCCGCCAUUAAAGUCACAUCCCCAAAGGACCUCAAAAACCCAAACUCUAAUCGAAAGCAACACUUGAAUUACAUCAAAGACCCACCACCCGAAUCUCUCUCUCUCUCUCACACACAAAAUGCACGCCAAGACCGACUCCGAGGUCACAAGCCUCGCCCCAUCCUCCCCUACCCGAUCCCCCCGCCGCCCAGUCUACUACGUCCAGAGCCCCUCCCGCGACUCCCACGACGGCGAGAAGACCACCACCUCUUUUCAGUCCACCCCCGUCCUCAGCCCCGCCGGCUCCCCUCCCCACUCCCACUCCUCCGUCGGCCGCCACUCCCGCGACUCCUCCUCCACCCGAUUCUCCGGCUCCCUCAAGCCCGGAUCCAAGAAGAUCCAGCCCAACAACGACGGCUCCCGCGGCCACCACCGCAAGGGCGGCCACAAGACAUGGAAGGACUGCGCUGUCAUCGAAGAAGAAGGCCUUCUCGACGACGAAGAUCGCGAACGAGGCUUCCCCCGGCGAUGUUAUUUCCCGGCUUUCGUUCUCGGAUUCUUCCUCCUCUUCACCAUGUUCUCUCUCAUUCUCUACGGCGCCAGUAAGCCCAUGAAGCCCAAGAUCACCAUGAAGAGCGUUAGAUUUGAACAAUUCAAGAUCCAAGCGGGUUCUGACAACACCGGAGUAGCCACCGAAAUGAUCUCCGUCAACUCCACCGUGAAAUUCACAUUCCGCAACACCGGCACAUUUUUCGGAGUCCAUGUCUCGCCAAAGCCUCUAGAUCUAUCCUACUCCCAAAUCACAAUUGCCUCCGGAACUGUCAAAAAGUUUUAUCAAUCACGGAGGAGCCAGAGAUCGGUGACGGUAUCAGUAUUCGGCGACAAAAUUCCGUUAUACGGGAGUGGAGCUAGUAUCAGUAGCUCCACAGGGACGACACUGCUGCCGGUGCCGCUGAAAUUGGACUUCUUGAUCAAAUCCAGAGCCUACGUUUUGGGCAAACUAGUGAAGCCCAAAUUCAACAGGCGGGUCGAGUGCAUUGUGACUUUCGAUCCCAAAAAGCUCAACGUUGCAAUCGCGCUCAAGAAUUGCACCUAUAAUUAAAUUCACGAAAAAGAAGAAGAAAGGUUGUAUUUUAUUCGUUGUUGGUUUCCUUUUCGGUGGUGGACAACUCAGCGGGCAGCUUUCGGAGUUGGAAGGGCAGGCUGUGCAGAGAGCCAGAGAGUGAGGUAAAAACGCGGUUUUGGACUUUUGGGGCUGCCCGAAGAGUGUAGAGUCAGUGACUUGUGGGUAUGGUGUUAUACUAUUCACCUUCUCUCUUUUGUUUUAUUUAUUCUUUUUCUUCCCGUUGUAUUAUUAAGAAAAUUAUUUAUUUACUGGCAAUAAUGCAACUACAUUUAUUC